UAACUGUGGGGAAGAGUCAUCGAACAUGGCAACAUACUCGCCGGCAGUGAGAGAAGCGUCGUUGUCCGGCAAAAUCAAGAGAUUUCCAGAGAGAGAACGCCAACUGUUGAACACGACCUUACGCUCACACGGAUGGCAGUCUAUGACCAAGGAUUUCAGGAUCAAGACAUGUACAGACGUGAGGAGGGAACAUCUUGUAGCUGUUGCUGAAGGUGUGGACGGUGCCUGUUCUGAUUUCAAGAAAGAUGUGAAGACCCGGCUUGAGUUAGUGAAGAAGAUGCGCUGUAACGGGGAAGUGCAUGUUUACAAAGGCGGAAAUCAUGAGGGGUCCAAACGUGUGUUCUACAGAUACUUCAUGUUCGUGCGAGCCAACACGACCGGGACCUAUGACGUGUUUCUGGCUACUCUGUGCCGCAAGGAGGAAGAGCCGAGCUUUUUCGGAAUGCUAGGGAAGGCCCUCCUAUUCAUGCUGUUUCCUGAAGCGCUCCUGUUCCAGAUUGCGACAGACGCCGCGCUAUCGCAGGUAGCACAGGUACUUGCUAGAGGCAACAUCACUGCAGAUGACGAGGACGUUUCUCUGAUACACGUGUCAGCCUUGGCACUCUCGCGAGGCACAGUCCCCAAGGACCUUGGAGACAAAAUCAUCGAGUUUGAGUUCGUGGAAGACCUCAUAGAGAAGGGAUUUCUCAUUCCUAACGGAGACGGCUCACAAAUGACUUUGAAGUUUGAAUAGUCAGCAUAUCGUACUGCAAUACAGAAAUCAAGAAACUGCACGUUGAAUUUUUUUUUUUAUUUAACGUAAAUAAGGUUUUGAAGCACAAACCUUAUUUACGUUAGGUAAAAAAAAAAUUCAGUCCAGUUUGGUCCCUGGUGGAUUCAAUUAAAGAAAUUUGGAUAGAAAGUAAGUUUAGUCCUCAAAGCCCGAGUCAAAGCAGCUUGUCAGAUCCAUGCAAUAUGUCGGUUUGUUUCUUUUUCGUUUUUAUGGCAAAUGUGAUCAAAUCGGUCAUGCUGUGAUUUCUGACAAAAUUUGAUCUCAAACUUUGAAGCUCUGCUGCAGUACUUUAGAUACCCGUUAGAAGGACCUUGGCCUUUGCUGCCCCUAUACCUUCCACUGAAUAUCAUCAACCACCAUCUACUGCUUCUGAAGUUAUGUUGUACAUAUACAAAAACACAACCACUGUAACAACGUAGGAACACGACAAGUGACACCAUUUUCGAACUUGAACUUCCACAACUGCUACUCACCUAUCAAAGAUCAUUAAGAUCCAUUCACAGCUUCUCGAGUUAUGCUGUACACAUACAAACAAUAAAUGCAUCAAAAGCCCCCUGCAGUAUCAUUAGAAAAUGCCAGGUAGAUCAUUUUGAAGUUGACGUUUGUUGAUACAACCACUAUUUACCUUCUAAAUUAUCAUGAAGAUCCAUCCAGAGCUUCUUGAGUUAUGUGCUGUUGACAUACAUUCAGGCCCACACUCAACCAUGCACAAACCGAAAAUAUACCCUUCUGGCAAAGGCAAUAAAAAAUUAAAGUAUUAUGGACCUGAUCCCACCAAACGAAGUACUGAAUCCAGCAGAAGUCAACAUGUCAUACUACACUCACUCACACUCACUGCACGGCUUAACAUCCGUUGUUCCCCGUCAUGCAAGGGUUGGACCUACUACUAAGUAUUAAAUUGUAACUGGUGUGUUUGUAUGGGUGAGUCAUAAAAAUCCAAGUCCAUACAAUCAUGUGCAUCAUUCUUUGUUUAUUGUAGAGUAUCAGUAUUCAUUCUGACCAAUUGACAUCAUUUAUAACAGGGGGUGCCCUAACUUUGGACAUGCCCUAACUUCGGACUGAUUUUUUACUGAUCUUAUUAAUGCAAAAGUAUGCCAUGUUUGUUGCCACUAACUUCGCUAAUUAAAAAGGAAAAUAAACAUAGUCAAUAUGCGUACUGCUGUUAUUUGCAUGCAAAUUAUAGUUCUAUAUAUUCAUUUAUCGUUUACUCGAAAAAGAGAAAAAAUAGGUCAUUUUCACCAAUCAUAACAAUGGCACUGGAAAGUAGGUCACUGCAUUGCGGCGGCUCGUGCCCAGAAAUA